UUAAAGUAGAUUUUGGGUCAGGGCCUCAAACUAGUGUGAAAAUGCAGGAACCUUUUGGUCCUCAUAUUAACCCUUUCAAACCUGGAGCAACAGUGUUCUUUUGCUGGGUUUAGAUCUUAGCCUCUCUAUAAAGACGGACGGUGCGCCCCCAACCUACCCCUGCUACGCUUAAGUAAAGCUAAAAUAUGCUAGAUACGAUCUUGCACUGGUGACGUCAUUUGGAGCUGGAGUCUGCACAUAAGCGAUACCCAUGGUGGAGGCGUUCCCGCCAAAACACGUAUUCAGGUAUAAGGGUGAGAAGAUGAUGGAAGAGAGUGGGAUUGAGACUACACCCCCAGCCAGCCCCACACCUCCUCUGACUGUGGCUGCUGCAGUUAGUGCCCCACCAGUAACCAUGGGUCUGUCCGGCCCACUGUCUCUUCCUGCCACCAGUUCCAUCUCCAUUGGUUCCCCUUCAGUCUCCACCUCCCUCCCCCCUGUUCCCUCCCUCUCCACGUUCAGCAGCCCUUUGGCUGCACACCCCUCCCAGUCCUCCAACCUACCCCCUCCCUCCACACUUGCCUCUCCUUUCACAAGCAGCUCUCCCUUUCCCCCUUCCACCUCCCCCUCUUUGUCUCCUCUGGUCCCCCCUAUUGGACCACCUCCCCUCUCUGCUCCUGGCAUCUCAGCCCCCCCUGCAGGCGCAGCCGUAUCUAACUUCUCCAUGAGUGCCGGAUAUGACAUCACACGGGGUCACGCUGGUCGAACACCACAGACACCACUGAUGCCAACAUUCUCCAGUCCCACCACCAUUCCAGGUGUUGUGCCAAACCCCAUGGUUCAGCAGCCAGCCAUGACAGGAGGUUUAGAUGCUACAUCACCUAUCACCUUCCCAGAGGAGCAGGAAGAUCCCAGGGUGUCCGGACAUGGCACCUCAGGGGGAGGCAUCUGGGGCUUCUUUAAGGGAGUAGCAGGUAACCCUGUCGUAAAGACAGUCCUGGACAAAACCAAGCACUCUGUGGAGUCCAUGAUCACCACUCUGGAUCCUGGCAUGGCUCCGUACAUCAAAUCUGGUGGGGACAUUGACAUUGUGGUCACUUCGGAUAAGGAGGUAAAUGUGGAGGCAGUCAGAGAUGCCUUCCAGGAAGUUUUUGGGAUGGCCAUGGUCACUGGAGAGCCCGGUCAGUCCAACAUUGCCCCACAGCCUGUGGGCUAUGCAGCCGGCAUCAAGGGGGCUCAGGAGCGCAUUGACAGCCUUCGUCGAGCCAACGUGAUCCACGAGAAGCAGCCAGUAGUCUCUUUGGAAAACUUCAUUGCUGAGCUCUUUCCAGACAAGUGGUUUGACAUUUGCUGCUUGAUCCUGGAGGACCCUGUUCACAGCAUCCAUAUCGAGGUCUUCACUCAGGCAACGCCUGUGGCUCUAGAUCACGUCCAGCAGGCUCAGUCCCUGACGCCUCCUGACUACAACCUGCGCUGGUCGGGUCUGAUUGUUACGGUGGGGGAGGUCCUGGAGCGCAGCCUACCCAACAUCAACAGAACAGACUGGCAUCAGGCCAUGACUGGCAUGACCCUCCGCCAAAUGAUCCAGAGUGCUGCCAAAGCUCUGGCUGGAAUCUACAAACAGCGGCUGCCUCCCAGGACUGUGUGAGGCUCACAGCCUCCAGUGUCUGUCUUUUAGUGGGAGGAGGUGGAGAUAUGUCAGAGGAAAACUAGCUGAUGGGACAGUAAGAUUCCUCAUGUCUCUGUGGGACAAAGCCAAAUGCACGUCUUUUAAAAUCUUGAUGUUUGUGCUCAUCUCAUCAUUUGUGCCCACCAACGUUCAACAUGUUGGUAGGUUUUUUACUGAGAAGUUGUCAGAUAUCAAAUCAACCCUUGCUUUAAAGAAGACUUAAUCAUGAACUAAUGAUCUUGUUAUCCUCAUUCAAAUGUUAUUACACAUUGUGUAGAUUAAUAUCAACAACCUCAACAGAUAUUUUAUUAUUUAGUUUUGUUAAUGAAUGCUUCUGGUUAUUGAGACGAUCACAUGAACCAUGUCCCAGUUUUAUUCCAUGUACCGGAGGUUGUUUACCUCGUGAACCUUGUGCAAACGCACCAUCAAUGACAUAAAAUAAAGCAUUUCAAGGGGCUGCCGUCAUGGAGCACAGCCAAACACUGUUCAUCUGCGCACACUCCUGACACAGAUCUGGCUGAGAAUUGGCAAAGUAUCUCUCUAAAGUAGUCCUAAUCCAAAACAUGGUAGACCUGAGCAGAGAGAGAACCACAAAUACCAUAAAUCUGAGACAUGUAAAAAAAAAAAAAAACUCACUCAGUGAGACUUUAUAUAAUGUGGACCUAGGUUGGGCCUUGGAUAACAGGACUUGAGUGCACUUGUCAAGUCCUCCACCAUAAACACUGCAACGCUGUAAACUCUACUUUGUGCUUAGGUUGGCAGAGUGCUAAUGUGGCAGGAAGUAUUCAAGAAACUAAUGUACUGUUUAGUAAUAACAGGAAAUAAGAGACAGUCUAUGCUGAUACUGACACUACUGCCAAUUUCACAUCUCAUUACCUGAAAGAGCUGGUAAAAAAGCCAUUCUAUGGAUCUUGUUUUGUGUGUAUAUAUUUGUUUUCGGAGCUGUUGGUAGCCAUCUAUCCACUGUCCACUUAUUAUUUUCUUCCCCUCUGUAAAUAAGUCCAUAAAAAGUCCUUUAGCCAUGGCCAAUGAACUUAUACCAGAGGCCUUUUGGGCUAAAGUGUGUUAGUUGGUAUUCUGCUUUAAAA